AUGCUCUCCUGCAUCAUCCUGACGGUGCUAGUCUACUACAACAGCAGCGCCAAACCCACCACAUCCGUGGGGAGCGGCGGCGGCGGUGGCGGUGGCGGCGGUGGUGGCGGCGGUGGUGGCGGCGGCGGCGAUGGUCGUGGGGGCGACAACGGGGGACGUGCUUCGAUCGAGGAGUACCCGCGAGGAGGAGGGGUUGAGUUCUUGGGCAGGAACGGGACGGCACUGAGUGAGAGGGAGAGAUGGCAGUAUGAAGCAGGGUGGGGAGAGGUCCCCUUGGACGACUUGGAGGAAUGGGCGCCGCUAGGACCGGACCCUAUAGGGUGCCUGCCGAGAACGACUGCCAACCCGGCGGGGCAGCCGAAAGUUCUCGUGGGAUGGGGGUUCGGGGCCCCUAAGCUUACCCUCUACGGUUACCGUGCGCUAGAGAGCAUCAUCCACGUCUACCCAGGGGCGCGCGUCAGAGUAAUAACCGUCGGACCGCGGUUCGCGUUCUUUUACAAGUGGGCAAACAUCCUCGCUCUCACGCAGUUCCAGAAGUACAGCAAGAGGGGUUACGACGUCAAGGUGGAGAUAUACUUCGGGAAGGCGCUAGGUACCGUGAAGUUGAACGGGAGGAUGAUUCCGGGGCACAAGUGGUGGCGUCGUCAUGAAGACACCUUGCUCUACGGCCAAGGAAUGAAGAUCUCCACUUUCCAGGCGGUGGAAGAGGCGGUUCCGGACGCCUAUGUCACGGUCUACCUGGCGCUGUUGGAGCUCUACAAGUUCGGAGGCAUCUACGUAGAUCUGACGACAUUCUUCGUUCGACCGCUGCCUGCUGGUAUCGACGGGUUCGUGGCUGGAGGGGAAGGUCCCGGGAGCGCCGGAGCCGAGGGCGGGGGUGGGGAGGGCGGGGCGGGGGGCGACGGUAGUGAUUGUUCUGUCCCCACUUCAAAUGACAGGCUGCACAGGCCGCUCGUCAUGCAGUACCGUGCCCCACAACACCCGGUGGUGGAGUGUGUCUUGUCCGAGUACGACCUGGAGGUGUCGCCGAUGAACGAGUGCAUCGCCUUGUCCAAGAAUGACGGCUACGGGGGGAUAAACUGCGUCUUGGAGGCGUUGGAGACGUGCACCGAAAACAGAGGCCUGACGAACGACCUGCGGGAAGCCGGUGUAGUGGCGUGGCACGGAUGCAACUCCGCUACGGCGAAGUCUUACACCGCCCCUUCCCGCUCCGGGGCCUCCGGGGCGGACAUCCUGGAGGGUCUCACGGGAAUACCACCGCCGGUCACGCAUUCGCCACCGCCGGAAUCAGGCUCCGAAACUGCUUCCUCGAACGGGUCAAUGCCACCCGGCGAGAGCGACAUCACCGCCAAUGAACAAGGUAGACGAGAUUAUUCCUUCAUGUUCUUUGUUAUCGUAUGCAGCAAAGAAGGACGGGUCAGAUUUUGGACCUUUGAGAUCCGCUGGAUUUUUUUUUAUGGGAGAACGGUUUCUCCUGCGCAAGGGAACACGGGCACAGAGACGCGUGCGGGAAUGCCUCGAUUGCUGUCAAGUUGGUUCUGA